GUACGUUUGUGGCAAUUUAAUGACAGAGAACAGUCGAACCCCAUCCGAUCAGAACACAAUUCUAUGUUGGAGGAUAAACAUACAGUAAUUGGACGGGUAUGAUUGGUUAUUAUGGAAACAUUCGGUGGUCAUUAAAUUCGCUAAUAUGAAUCAUGACAUUUGGGUGCAAUUUUGACAGUGCUUUGCAUGUGGAGAGGUCAGCGCAUUUUUCAACAUGGCGACCUGUAGACCUAAAUGUAAUCGAAGCCUAUUGUGUGUAUUGAUUUAUUUGUUUAUAUUCACUUUUGAUGUUCAAACUGUGUCCGAAAAUGUGAAGUGGUUAAAAAAUUUAAGUUCUGGAAGGUUACAUUUGCGAAACUUGGGUGAGAAAGAUGAUCAUCAUGAUCAUGUGCAUACAAGAGCCAGCGAUGACGGGUAUAGUCCCGACACACGGCAAGAGACACCCAACCCCACAGUUUUUGGGGGAAUCAAAAUUGAACACGAAGCACGAAAACUCUCAGCUCGACUCAGGUGGCUUAGUAAUGAAGAAAUUGGAAUAACCAAGAUGCAGGCCAUUUAUGAUUCAUUGCCAUAUGAGAAGAAAAAUCAUGAUCCAAUCAAUACACUACAGAAAAUUGCUUCACGGUUGAAAAAGAGAUUUAGAAACUAUAUUCAAGUUUUACAAACCAACAAAGCCACUGUUCAAAACAUGUACCGGUUCCAUGUUAAGAACCCCAUGAAUAGCAACAUCAGCUGCUGUAUGAUUCCACACCAGGAGUUUAUAGAGGAUAACCAGUAUGGAUGUCGAGUCUCCAAGAGAACCAGUUGUGAUCUUUAUCCAGACAAUGUCCGAGAGAACGCCUUCAACCCAGGCAGGAUGUUGACAGAAGUGUGGAAGGAUAACAAGAAACUGUUUCCUGGACUGAAGUGGCAGUAUUUCAUCUCUGUGGAAGGAGUCCACACCGAGUACCCAGCCAAUGCCUUCACCUGGUUCAACAAUUGUCCCCAGGCUCAUGAUAUCAGGCACAGUGAUGUGUACUUGGCCACUGUUCAGCCCCAGCCACAACAUGUCGUCAUAGUGAUGGACCAUGGAAACUCACUCAGUAGUAACCAGUUAAAAACAGCCAAGGGGAUAGCCAAGCAAUUCCUGAAUUCCCUGUCAGAGAGAGACAGAGUUGCUGUGUUUGGGUUAGCUUCUCGUCCCUCAUUUCCUCGAGAUCCAAGCGAUGACUCAUGUUUGCCAAACUCAUUGGUCCCUGCUACAUUUGAAGCUAGUCUCUUUUUCAGUUCUUUUGUGGAUAACCUUCAACAAGAAGAUGCAUCUACAAACCAUUCUCUUGGUUUUCAAACUGCCUUUGAGAUGAUAGAAAACAUGAUCAGAAGGAGCAAAGGAGUUACCAUAGAGAAUGCCAUGAUUUUGUACAUCAGUCGAGGCUUGUUGUCUUCUCUGACGGAAGGACGAGACAUCAUGGAGACCAUUUCUAUACACAAUGGUCGUCUGGAUCACAGAGUCAUCAUUAACACAUAUGCUGUCAUAGAUGAUGGAAAGCAUAUAAUGUUUGAAAAGAGCAUUUUACAAGAUAUUGCUGAGCAGAAUUUCCUGAAGUAUGAAGUCAACUACAAGAGUCCUAAGCCUGUCAUUGCGGGAAUGAUGGUGACCAUUAAUUCUACCAAGGACCUAAGUGUUUCUGUGGGCAGGUUUUAUCUCCCCCUCAACAAGUCAGCCCCAGAAUCACCCAUCUUCUCCCUCCCUUACAUGGACAUGGCAGAUCAGACUCUCACAAUGAGUAUAAGCCAGCCAUGUUUCCAUGGCAAAGAACUGAUAGGAAUCAUGGGAGUUGACCUACAUAUGGAGGAUGUUGUCCAAGAUGUGACUUAUUACAAUCAAGAAUUAAAUUCAUACAUUUUCCUUAUCACAACAGAAGGGUAUACCAUAAUGCAUCCAGCAUUCAAUCGUCCAAUGAAAACUCGCAUACAGCCCAUGCACACAGAUAUAUGGCACUUUGAAAACAAGGAUGGAUUUGCCAGAAUAAGAAGUGACAUGUUAAAUUUGCCAGAAGGAGAAAGAUUGAUGCACAAUAAAAAAGGAAAUACAAAUUCCACAGAGGACAAUUCAUCCAAAUCAGACUUUUAUGCCAAAUACAUGUGGAAGAGAAUUGAAAACACAACUUUUAUUGUGGUGCUGAAACUUUUGACAGAAGUUGAAACCACCCAGACUCUAGAACAUCUACACGUGUCCAAUGACCCACACUUGGUCUAUCACCGCCUGGAUCUGGUCCAGCCCAAUGAUAUGUGUCUGCAUCGCCACAUGCCAGCCACUUCAGACACUAGUACAGUGUUCCUGUCCCCAAAGAGCUUUCUGGACCCCUUUGAGCACCUCAGCAACUUGGAGACUAAGAGAAUGGUUCAGAAUUAUGUGGCUUAUCUGAAAGAUGACACUCGUCUCAUCACAAACCCUGGAUUGAAGACUGAGGUGAAGAAUGAUGUUGCUGCCACUGGUAGAAUUAACACUGAGUGGUUACGCCGCUACCACCACCACAUGAACCACCAGGAAGAAUCCAUUGUACGCCGCUAUGUGGCAACACCUAGUGGAGUGUUUAGGUCUUUCCCUGGAACAGUGAUUGAAAAGACGUCUGAUCCGACCAAAACCGACUGGUUUCAAAGGGCAGAAGAAUUUCCUGGUCAUGUGACAUUAACCCCACCAUAUUUGGAUACUCUUGGAGCUGGAUACAUUGCCACUAUCAGCCACACCAUUUACGAGGGAAAGCCAGCCUCCCUACACAGUCCACACGACCGUGUGGUAGCUGUGAUGGGGAUGGACCUGACCAUGGGAUUCCUCCACAAGCUUCUGUCUGAAGUGAUUCCAAUCUGUGCUCACCAAAAUAUCAGAUGUUUCAUUAUGGAUGACAAGGGAUAUCUAGUGGCUCAUCCUAAACUGAUUGAACCAAACAGUAAAGUGGUCCAGCACAUCACCCACAAGGAACAAUUGGUUGCUAAUGACAUCCUGAACCACAAGCACUUUGUGAGGAAGACCCUGUGUAACAGCUACAAUGACCGGACCAUCCAGCGCUUCUACAAGUUCAACACCAGUCUGGAGGGCGUACUCACCAACCUGGUCCAUGGAGAACACUGCGCAAGAUACCAGAUCACUCAUAUUCCUGGAACCAAUUCAUUUCUGGGGAUUGUGAAUCAUACGUGUAACACAGACACUGCUUUCUGCCCUUGUAGCACGGUGGACCGUCUGUGUCUGAACUGUAACCAGAUGGAGCAGAUUGUGUGUGAGUGUCCAUGUGAGUGUCCUCUGGAUAUGAACUUCUGUACUGGGGAGUUACUGCAGGAAGAUGACAGAAAUCCCUCAUGCAGUCAUGAAGUAGAGAAAGAGACUCCAAUCCAUUUAAAUUUCCCACCAUUUGAUGAUGUCAGACAGUGUCAUCGAUCAAAAUGCAGCAUGCUUGCAACCAAACUGGACUGCAUCAGUGCCAUUGGGUGUGCUUGGUGUGAGAGACAGAAGCACGGACUGGCCAGUGUGAAGCAUCCCUACUGUGCUGACCAGCGGAGAUGUUUUGGUGGGGUGGAGGAGGCAGUCUCACCUUACGGAGAUGAAAUAAGAGCCAUGGCUAACCAGGAGAAGCCUAUGCCCAUGAAGAGCACCCCGGUGGGCCCUGUAGCAGGAGGAAUCAUGGGAUGUUUCCUGGUGCUGGCCCUGGGUGUUUACUGUUACCGACAUCAUAUCCACCGGAGUUCACACCAAUACAUAAAUAACCUACCAGAAAACCAGAACCGAAUGUCUCAUUUCUAUGAAGAGGAGCCACCAGAACCCACAGAUGACAUUGCUGCAGGACAUACCAAUUUUGUUCUAUCAACAUUUGAGAAUCCUGCCAGCAUAUCACCGUAUCGUGUGAACACUUCGUAUCGGCGGCCCGCCGGAGGGGACAGUGAUCACGGAUACAGCACAAUGACUCCUCAUGAGGACAGUGAGCACGCCAGUCUGCCGUGCCUUGAACCUUUGAUUAAGGAGAGAUACAAACCAGGAUCUCUCAGUGUUGUUAAAAAUACACCAGGGAAAAUCCCUCCCCCUCCCAGUCACUACAGGAGGAGCCGGAGCCCCACCCCUCCCAAGUACUAUCAACCCAUACCUGAACAAACUGUCAUCCCCCCUCAGACUACCAUUAUUGAACACCCUAACAGUGUCAUAGCUAAUGUUCAGGUGCAUAUGGUGGACACACAUUAGUUAUGAACAUGUGCAUUUUCUGUAGAUCUGAAAAUUCUUCUUGAACCUAAAUGUUUGUUCAGUGGAAGAAGAGAGGACUUGGAAUGCACUGGACAGUUGUUCAACUGUGAUUUCUCAAGGAUUAUUUUAUUUCAAAAGUUGGUGCAUUUGAAGCCUAACAUCAGUACUCUUCUGUUGGUGCAGAUUUGUGGAGGCUGACGUGAACUUUUCAAACAUAGUAUUUGUAACUAUGUGAUUGUGAUACACUGGAAAGUGAAAGUAAGACGGAGCGCAAUUGUUUUUGUUCAAACUGUGCCACAGAAAAAAAAAAUCCCACAGAGCAAUAAAUUCAAUGUCAAGGAAAGAAAACUUAACCUCAGGAUUUAUUGGAGAUGACUGAAUUUUGAACUUUGACCUCCAGGGCAAUGUGAAAUGGUUAAACUGAAGAAAUGACUUCUCGUAAAUAUUGUGUACUGGCCAGUGAUGCUAGAAUGGUUUCAUUCAGGGAUUGUGUGCUGAUCAAUUAACAUUGUGGGUGCUGCUGUUUUUUCUCCAUUAUAAGUGCUUUGUCUUGUGUGUCUAAGGACUUUCAUAUAAACAAUUGUGUGCAUUUAUGCACAAUGAAAAGAGAUAGUUUACAUUUUAUUAGCUGCUGAAAUUUUUAUUUUUGAUUUUUUUUAUAGUCUUUAAAGAUUUUUAGCAAUUUCUUGUAUUUUUCCUUUAUUUUGCACUGGGAUUUUUAUACAUUUAGCUGUAAAUACAAGGUUGUAAUAGUCAAUCAAUUUCAUAGAUAUUUAUUAAAUGAACUGACAACAAUGUGAAUGUACAUAGAAAACUGAUUUAUUACUGAGGUAGAAUUUUGAUAGAGGAAUAAUAAGGUGCAUUUAUCUGGUACAUUUAGUACUGCAGAUAAUGAAAAUCAAAGGAACAUCUCACAGUGGAAACAAAUUCAUUCCAUCAAUUCUGGUCUUAUAUAUAUGAGCAAAGUAUGUGUAGAAGGUAUUAUUAUUAAAAGUUUUGUGAACCUUAAAAAAAAUUAGUAAAAAAUAGAUGUGUAAAAUAUAAAGAAAAACAGUUGAUAUAAAAUUGCAGCAAACAUUUAUAUUGAACUGUUUAUUUAUUGCCUGUGAUGUGUGUUUGAGUUGUGUGCAUGUGAUAUAUAUAUAUAUA